CCAGAGCUUAGAACAAGCCAAGACGACCAAUACCAAAUUCAAGCAUGCAUCCAUCAACACUCCUCCUGAUUGUGGUGGUUUCCGCCGGCGCCGCCGUGGUGCUCGGUCACCCUGCCACCACUAACACUCUGGCGGCACAGUUCUGGCAGAAGGCCCUCCCGGGCACGACGAUGCCAGACGCCAUUGCAGAUCUUGUCAAGAAUGGCAUUGACCACUCGCCACUUGUGGAGCACUACUCUGCACCGCCCAGUAUCAGUGUAUGCAUAAUGUUCAACUCCGCUUGCAAUCCACUGACCGUCGCGGAGACCGGCAUCUUCUUCCACGAGGCGCAGCUGCGUCCUGGCAGCGCCAUGACGCUCUCCUUCCCGGCGGAGGCAGAGACAGCUAUCCUCCCCCACGGCGUCGCCGAGAAGGUCCCCUUCGGAAACCUAGGCGACGUCCUCGCCACCUUCAACAUCCCGGCGGGCUCCGCCGAGGCAACCCAGGUGAGGGACACCCUGAGCAGGUGCCAGGAGCCGCCUGUCGCGGGCGAGGUCAAGUCCUGCACCACGUCCCUGGAGAGCACCGUGCGUAGCGCCAUGGACAUGCUUGGCACCGUUGUCAACGACGGCGGCCAGCAGGGCGUGUGGGCGGCCACGUCGGAGCUCCCCCGCGGGGGGCUGCCACGUCAGCCCUACGUGGUCCAGGGUGUCGCCCCGCUGGACGGCGAACGCUACGUGUCCUGCCACAAGGUGCCGUUCCCGUACGCCGUCUACCAGUGCCACAGUGCAGGGACGAUGGGGUACAGAGCCUACGUGGUCUCGCUUAGCGGCCUCCGCGGCGGCGGCCGGCCGGCGGCUUCCAUGCUGGCGUUCUGCCACGUCGACACCUCCAGCUGGAACCCGGCGCACCCGGCUUUCGAGAUACUGAACACCCGCCCCGGUGGCUCGCCGGUGUGCCACUUCAUGCCGUACGGUGAUCUGGCCUUCGUUAAGAAGGCUGGACGAGCCUAUUAACUUGCUAUGCUCAAUCUACGUAUUGUCAUAAAAGGUAUAAAGUAUAACGGCAACCUCUAUAUUAUCCUCACGCUUUGGAUAUCGACAUGGUCUUUAAUUAUUCACGCACUAUACAAGUAUAUAUGCAUGACCUUGUGCAUUUGAGGGUGUGGCGUCCUAUAAAAUAAAAGGCGUCUAGGUUUAUUGUUUGGAUCUUAAAUGGUUGCUAGUAGUGUUUGUACAAGUCUUGUUUGCUAUAACAUAUUGUAUCUUGUUUGUUUGUGUGUGUGUGUGUGUAUUAUGCCUCUUGAAUGUGCAAACAGUCCCUUUCGUCA